AUGUUGAGAUCAGUGCUUUUCCUGUUCACGGGCGUUCUCAUCGCUGCGUGCUUGACGUCAGUCAUGAGUGAUGAGCCAACAACGGAGUCGAUAUGCGAGCAGGCUUUUGGCGAUGCGGGCCCUUGUAAAGCCCACUUUAAGCUAUAUUCGUACAACCAGGAGACGAAGAAGUGUGAAGAAUUCAUUUACGGAGGCUGCCAGGGGAACGACAAUCGUUUCAACACAUUGGCCGAAUGCGAACAGAAAUGCAUAAAGUAACCGAUACCUUCGAAUUAACGCACGCUCUUUUCUCAAGCUGAUGUAUAAAACGAUGAAGCUUGGUAUAAAAACUAUUAAAUAUAUAUGUGUGAAUUAUCUUCUUUUUUUUCUGAAACUGUUCGUAGCAUAACAGUUAAAAACACAACUUAAACUUUAAUGAUCGU